AUGUCCCAGAUCGCGCAGCAGAAGAUGCAGGCAAGCCGCAAUGAAAUGCUUGCUGACAUUGCUCAGCUCCAGGAAAAACUGACGAUAGCUGAUGCUGAAAGCAUCCAGAAGGCAGUGGAGCUUGAAGCUGACGUCAAGCACAAGGAGGCGGAGCGGGAAGUCGCUGAAACUCAGGAGAGCGCUCUGCAGACGCAGCUUGCCCAAAUCGAAGCACAGCUUGACAUAACGAACAGAGCCAGCGAGCAGGCAAAAGUUGAGCUGAAGUUGGCCAAGGAGCAAAUCCACAGGAUGCAGACCAAGGUCGUGGAGCUGGAGAAGGCGCUGCAGACCGCGCAGUUGAAGGAGCAGCAGCUUGCGCAGCAACUUCAGGCCUCUUCGGCCGAAGUGAAGCGCCUUCAAAGCGAGCAGAAAGUCUUGGAGGCUGACAUCUCCGAUGCUCUCCAAAGAGAGCGCAGCUUGGAAGUGAUGCUGGCGCAGGUGCAGAGCAAAAACCAGUUCCUUGAGGAUCGACUGCCCAAGAUGGAGGAGGAAAACAAGAAGCUGAUCCGCCGUAUCAACUUGUUGGAGAAAGUCGCCCAGAACGAGCAGGUCUUCACCUCCAAGCUCACCGAGUCCCAUGCAGAGAACGAGCGACUUGCAAAGGAACUCCAUCAGCUGGAGGCCAACUUCAGGGAAAAGGAGAAGGAGACCACGAAGAUGGCCAAUGAACUCCAGAUGUACCAGGAGCGCGCCCGCGAAGCAGCGGUGAAGGCCCAGACCUUUGAAGCCAAGGCUGAAGAAACAGCUCGAGCUGCUGAGGAAAAGCGGGCUGCUCUGGAGGCGGAGAUCCAGAAGGCUCGAACUGCAGAGGCUCAGGCCCAGCAGGAAGCCGCAGCUGCGAAGCAGCUCGUUGAGGAGGCAAAGCUGGCAGAGCUGAGGGCAGUUGAGGAGGCGCGAAGUGCUACCGCGGAGAAGGCCGCUGGGCUGUUUGCCGAGGCGGCAGCAGCGCAGGAGCGGGUGCGAAAGGCCUUAGAGACCCAGGCCAAGGCUGCCAGGGAUGCAGAGGCAGCGCAGCAAACCGCGGCCAACCUCCAGGGGAAAGCUACGCAGUCGCUGCCCUGGCAAAAGCCGGCGUAA